AUGGCAAGUUCAGCCAUGCACCGUGCUACCGAGUUGCUGAGUUCAGUUCGGACGAGAUUAGAAUCUCCGGGACCUGUUCGACAAGUCCAUGUUCCGCAAAGACGUUCGUCUUCGGCUGAUCGUGCGAAUAUCAACAUAAACAAUGCUGAAAUGAAUAGUUACGAAACAUGCUCAAUGCAAACUACUUCGACCAGCUCAUCUGCACAUUCUGGAUUCCUGAAUUUCGCACUGCCUACCACCGUGAACUCGGAUGAUCCGUUACCGUUACCCGCUUGUCGUUUGGGUGCUUUCCAAGCGGAGUGGUUAGGUGGCACGAAUGCCACAUGGCGACUGGUCACACAAAUUGCAACAAUGUCCCCUUUGGCUCAGGUGAACGGAACAGAACCAAAUUUGAAGUCACUAAUCCGAGUGAAUAAAGCAUUAAAAAAAGAGCAAACAUUCCUGAAGGCUAAACUGGAUAUUUUAUACGACGAAUUGGCCAAACGUACUGCCCUAGUGCACAAUCACGAGCGUCAACUGGAAAAAUUACGUAAUCAGGUUAGACAAAGAAUGCCUGAUCAUCCGGUUGAAGCUAUGCGAUCUAACAUGCGUAGGGAGUUGGAACAGAAAUUGGAAUCAACGCGAAUGAAAAUCAUAGGGACGGAUUCAGUCAACCCUAGAUCGGAAGAUAAAAUACAGCACAAAGUGAAAAAGACGCCCAGCAGUGUUUCAGAAUCGCGUUCCACCCUGUCGGAUUCGACCAGAAGUCAAGAUGACAGUGUGAGUCAGAAAACAACCGAGGAAGAAAGUGAGUUUGAACGAAGCGGUCCGAAAGGGGAACAAGUGAAAGAAGAUAGAGAACCUAAGGGAUGGUCAAAUGGCACAAAUGAGACUAGCGUGACCAGUAAUCAACAGACUGAUAAAAUACUCCAUCAUCAACAGGAUUCAUCUUCGGAUAAUUCAAAUGUGUCGAUAAUUGACGAGGAAACUGAGGCACAGAAUACCACAGGUGAUGAAUCUAACACAAUAACAACACGAGUAUCAGACGGUGGAGCAAUUCACGAUGAAGAAGAUGUGGAUGAGGAAAGUGAACAGACCAGUAGGAUAGCAGCUGCUGACACCGACCAAGAAGAUGUGGAGGAAGAAGAGGAAGUAGACGACGAGGUAGAGGAGGAAGAGGAAGAAGAGGAGGAAGUAGAAGAGGAGAACACUUUGGAAGAGGAGGAGGAGGAAGAAGAAGAAGAACUGUCCAAGACGGAUGAAUCGUCAAAAACCGAAGGUCGCAUAAGCACCAGACCAAGAGUUGUACAGUUUGGCAAAGUUUCACGCAGAUGA